AUGUCUUCCACACCCACCCAACCCUCCACCCCAACAGCAUCCGCCUCCCCAUCCGACACCUCCACCUACAACUUCUCCAUCCGCGAAACCACAAUCCGCAACUGUGCCAUCGGCAUCGGCAUCACCCUCGGCAUCCUCCUAAUGUGCUGCCUCAUCGCCAUCCAAGUCCUCCGAACGAAGAUCAAGAGACUGAAGAAGGAAAGGGAUGUCUAUGUCGGGAAGUUGAAUGGGGUGUUGGUGCACAAGGGGUUGAAGUACGAGGCUUUGUCGCCGAGGGUUGUGGAGAAUGGACAUGGGGAUGGGGGAUCGGUGGUACCGAGGGCGGAGUUGGGGAGUGAGAGGGAGGUUUUUGAGAGUGGUGGGAGGGGUGUUGGGGGAAGAUGGUCAGGGCGGGGGAUUGGAGGAUGA